UACCUUGGAAGCAGAGCGAUAGGGAGCAGGUUACAGAGAAACCACUAGCACUUCAUUCCUAUGUUAAGUUUCUGUGUGCUUUUUUGAGUCAGUGGCACUUGCAGUAAGAUGAGCAAAUUACUGCACUCUUCUAUCUUGGAAUGGCUGGACAUUAAGACUAGUUUGAUUUUCCUCUGUGUUUUUUUGGUACUUGCCGACCUCCUGAAAAACAAAACUCCAAAGAAUUUUCCUCCUGGACCUUGGUCAUGGCCUUUCAUUGGCAACAUGUUUCAAUUUGAUCCUGCUAAGAUACACCUUCAGUUGGAAGAAUGUGCAAAAAAAUAUGGAAAGAUUUUCAGCCUUCGAAUUCCUUCAACAAACCAAGGGCCAAAGUGGGUUGUUCUGAGUGGAUAUGAGAUGGUGAAAGAGGCCUUGGUCAACCAUGGUGACAGUUUUUCAGAUCGGCCCUCCCUUCCCUUAUUAGAAGAUAUAUAUUCUGGAAGUCAAGCAUCGGGAAGUAAAGGUGUGAUUAUGUCGAAUGGGUAUACAUGGAAGCAACAGAGGAGGUUUGCUCUCUCUACACUGAGGAACUUUGGACUGGGCAAGAAGAGUCUGGAGCCAUCCAUCCAGAUUGAAGCGCAGUGUUUGAAUGAAGCCUUUCAGAGUGAACAAGGGAAACCCUUCAACCCCCAGAUGCUGAUUAACAAUGCUGUCUCCAAUGUGAUCUGCUGUCUUGUGUUUGGUGACCGCUUUGAAUACAGCGACGACCAAUUCCAAACCCUCCUGAAGACUAUCAAUGAGACUAUAUAUUUGGAAGGAGGCGUUUGGGCUGGAAUGUAUAACAUGAUGCCGUGGGUCAUGCGUUGGGUUCCUGGUCCUCACAGAAGGAUCUUCUCUGGCUGGGAGGAGGUCAUCUCCUUUAUCAAGAUCAGGAUUCAGGAGCACAAAAAGGACAACGACACCUCAUCACCAAGAGACUUCAUCGACUGCUUCCUCAACGAGAUAGAGAAGUGGGAAGACGACACAAGGGCUGGGUUUAACUUGGAGAACUUGUGUUUCUGCACUCUGGAUCUAUUUGUGGCUGGGACAGAGACCACCUCUACAACCCUUUAUUGGGGCCUUCUCUUUAUGAUCAACUACCCGGAGAUACAAGCCAAGGUGCAGGCAGAGAUGGAUGCAGUUGUUGGGUCGUCACGGCAGCCCUCCAUGGAAGACAGUGACAGCAUGCCCUACACAAACGCAGUCAUCCAUGAGACACAGAGGAUGGGGAAUAUCAUACCGCUCAAUGUAUUCCGCAUGGCCACUAAAGACACUGAGGUUGGAGGGUACACCAUCCCUAAGAACACCAUUGUGCUUGGUACCCUCCAGUCUGUCCUGUUUGAUGAGUCUCAGUGGGAGACCCCUCACACCUUCAACCCUGCCCACUUCCUGGAUCAGGAGGGCAAGUUCAGGAAGAGAGAUGCAUUCCUUCCAUUCUCUUUAGGUAAGAGGGUGUGUCCUGGGGAGCAGCUGGCCAAGAUGGAACUUUUCCUGUUCUUCACCUCCCUGCUGCAGAGGUUCACCUUCUCCUGUCCUCCAGGGGUGGAACCCAGCCUGGACUUUAAGAUGGGGUCUACACACAGUCCCAAGCCCUACCAGCUGUGUGCAACACUUCGAUGAGGCCCCACAGCUGUCCCAUACAUCAUGUUGCAGGGGUGUCAAACUCAAUUCCUGGAGGGCCAAGUGCCUGCAGGUUUUCUCUCCUCCCUUGUCCUUGAUUGAUCAACUAUAGUCAUUGAUUAUUAGGAACUCCCUUCACCUGGUUGUCUGACAGGAAUUGAAAGGAAAUAGCAAAAACCAAAGCAUAAUUCUUUCAUCGCACCAAACAACUGAAAGAGCUACAGAUGGAGAAAACACACUUAUGUAAUGAUAAUAGUACUAAUAAUAUUAUGUAAUGACACUGCAUAUACCACUAAUAGCCAACAUAUCAAGGUCUCAAACCAUGUUUUGUAGUCCUAGAUUGAACUUGAAGAAGAAGGGAAGAUUAGAUUGAUAAUGCAGUAGUGUUUUAGGCCCCAUUUUGUAGGCCCGCGGACCCCAAAAAAA